AUGCAGGACGUAUACAAGUCUGAUGGUUCCUCGCGAUUUGAACCCCAGCAUAAUGCUAAAAGUCGCUCGCCAUUGGAGGAAUACCAAAGAAAUGUUCUGAUGUCAGAUCCUAAAAUUAUGAGCUGCUUGAAUCGAGUUUCUUGGUCUGUUAUACUCGGCGGUUCUAUAUUUGGAAUUGGCGCAUAUUAUUAUUCAAAAUCCAGAGGUUAUCUAUUAGCUGGCCGGCUCAUGUGGACGAUUGCUGGUCUCAUUGGUGGCCCCUUUUUUAGUAUAGUUAUAACGCCAGCAAUUAUGUGCACUGAAGACGAAAGAAGAGCAGUCGAGAGGUCUGCGCAGCUAUUUUCAUUUUCGAGAGAUAAAGCAAAAGACAACAAAUGACCUUGCCAUUCAUCUGUUUCGAAAACUGGGUGGUAUUCUCUGAUAAAGCUGUUUUUUUGAUUUUUUUGAGCCUUUGGAUUAAUAAAUAUUGUUGCACAUUCGCAAUUC